AUGCUUACUAACGGAGGAGAUAACGAUGGAGAUGAUGAGCCCGUAGAUGCCGAGGAUACCGGCCAUGAUGACGGGGAGAAUCGAACGCAUGAUGAGCAGCAGCAGCAGCAGCAGCGAGAGAAUCAGCAACAGCAACACCACACAAACAACAACAGCAACAACAAAGACAAACCAUCAUCACCAGCACCCCCCCCCGAAAAAAAAGCAACACCACCACCACCAACACCAACACCAACACCAACAGCAACAGCACCAGCAGCAGCUGCUGCUGCUGCUGCACCAACAGCAGCAGCAGCAGCAGCAGCAGCAGCUGCUGCUGCUGCUGCUGCUUUGCGUGUUUAA